CGUCCGCACUCUCGCGAUAAUUCGCACCUCCUUGGCAUCAACGUUCUACCGCUGCACAACAAAGCGCUACUGCGUUGUGUUUUUCGUUUAAUUAGCGUUCCGUUUCGACCCAGGGGUGGUGGUGCGGUGCACAAAUGAGAAAACAUUAACGUUUUGUUUUGCCGUUAUCUCAAUGAAGUCAUGUAGUUGUUGACUGGCUCGGCGCCGAUUCAAUUUGUCAGGACACUUAGCAGCUAGUUUGGGCUAGCUGUUCGUAUGUUAGCCACGCCAACUUUGUUUCAUUGCAGUCGUGUUUAGUUUGCCACUACACUACUACCACGAUUCUGCUGUUAUAUCUACACAUUAAAGACCAGGACGAAUAAGAGCUUUAGAGGAUGCUGGCGACGGGAGCAGCAGUGACCAAUGUCACAGCUCUGGCCCAGGUGGACCGGGAGAAGAUCUAUCAGUGGAUCAAUGAAUUAUCCAGUCCAGAAACCAGAGAGAAUGCCUUGCUUGAACUAAGCAAGAAACGUGAGUCAGUGCCAGACCUAGCUCCAAUGCUCUGGCACUCUUGUGGCACCAUUGCUGCUCUGUUGCAGGAAAUAGUGAACAUCUAUCCAUCUAUAAACCCGCCCACACUUACAGCUCACCAAUCUAAUAGAGUUUGCAAUGCCUUGGCACUUCUGCAGUGUGUCGCCUCACACCCUGAAACACGGUCGGCCUUUCUUGCUGCUCACAUCCCUCUUUUCCUUUACCCUUUUCUGCACACUGUGAGCAAAACACGUCCAUUUGAGUACCUGCGACUCACCAGCCUUGGAGUCAUAGGUGCCUUGGUCAAAACAGAUGAACAAGAAGUGAUUAACUUCCUCCUUACAACUGAAAUCAUCCCGCUGUGUCUCCGUAUCAUGGAAUCAGGCAGUGAACUCUCCAAGACGGUUGCUACUUUUAUACUGCAGAAGAUUCUCCUGGAUGACACAGGGCUGGCCUACAUUUGUCAGACUUAUGAACGUUUCUCACACGUGGCCAUGAUCCUUGGCAAAAUGGUGUUGCAGCUCUCGAAAGAACCAUCAGCACGUCUGCUGAAGCACGUUGUUCGCUGCUACCUACGUCUCUCAGAUAAUCUCAGAGCCAGAGAAGCCCUGCGUCAGUGUCUGCCUGACCAGCUCAAAGACAGCACCUUUGCUCAGGUGCUGAAGGACGACACCACCACCAAGCGCUGGCUGGCCCAGCUGGUCAAGAACCUGCAGGAAGGUCAAGUCACCGAUGCUCGAGGCAUCCCACUGGCUCCACAGUGAAAGUGUGCGCUGACAGACGACGCAGAAGGACUGUGCACAUGUCGCGGAGUCUAGAUUUAGGUUUUUUUGCCAAAUGUGGUGCUAUAGCAAAACAACUGUCGUCAAAGUAAAGGGACUUAAAAAAAAAGACACAUGCGGCUACUAUCAAAAGAGAUUUUUUUUAAAGAGCCUGGUAGUGAAUGGCUGGAUUCUGAAAGCCAGUUCUGAAAUCAUUGAUGAUGUUGGUAUAUUUGUGUUUGACAUAAAAUUCUUUUGGCAAGAGCCCGCAAAUUUUGUUUCCUUCACAGUUGAACAAAAUCUUCUCUAUCAAAAACUAUUCUCUACUGUGUAACAUGUGAGGGUCACCAGGAGAACCAAUCUCUGCUGCUGCUGCUGCUGCUGCUGCUGCUGCUGCUGCUGCUGCUGCUUAGGUGAGCUACAACAAAACAGACUAGGAAAUGGACCAGUGUACAUUUAAAAUUCAGCUUAACUCAGUUUUUUUGUAUUAGUCACACUUCAUGCCUCAGUGUCAUUGAUAAAUGUCAACUCAGCUCUUUUCAACUCAUGUAACAUUUCACUUCACUGAAGGAAAUGUUUUGGUUCUUGUUGCAAGUUUCUAAUAAGACUUUUUAAUCUUCCGUGUGUUUUUCCAAGCUUCUGUGGAUUUUCUGUAACAUCCUGGAGUUUAUUCAUACAGUGAUCGUUUUUCUCUAUAGUACAUUUAGUAGUUGAUGUCCCAUUAAGUAAAAGCUGAAUCUCAUCAAUGUGAUAAGUGGAUAGGGAUUCUGUUUUAUCCACAGGGAAUUUUGAAAGACCUAUAGAUCCAAUGUAAGGAAAAGUAACUGCCAUUUAUUGUAAUAAAAUUUCGCAACAUUUUUUAAAGAAAAAAUCAAUCUAUAGGAAAUUAUGCAUUAUUAAAUAAUUUGUCUAGCUUCCAUACUACAAAUACACACACCAUUCACUUCUAUGGGCAAUUCAGAGUGACUGAAUCACCUGACAAGGACUGUGACACACAAAGGAAAAAGGAGAGCCUACACAAACUCUUUCACCAGCUGAUAGUUUUUAAUCCAGCACCACUGUGAUUUGAGAGAAGGCUUGCGACUCCCAAAUUAUUUUUCUAAGUAAUUAAUGUAUGAGUUUGAGAAUUUCUGAAUAAAUAUUGAGAGAAACCCCA